UGCACAGUAACUAACAGUGUGAGUCCAGUCCUCGAACUGCACAGGUGCACAGACAGAGAGAAGACGGACGAAGAGUCACCUUGUUCUUUCUUUUGGAAGAAACAAAGACUUUAUCAGCAUUGCAAGUUCAAACAUUAAGUCAAAAAUAUCCCCAGUAAGCAGAACCAAAACGAGAAGUGGAGAUGAAUCUCUUUGUCAUCAUCGCGGCCCUUGUAGCAUGCAAUGUUGAUGUGGUUGUUUCCCGAAAACGGUUUAAAAAUACAAGUUGUCUGUCUGGGGACGGGAGAAAAUACAGGGGAACUGUUUCCACAUCAUGGACUGGCCGCAGGUGUCUGAACUGGAGCAAUUCAAAACAGCGUAUGACACCUUCAAAUGGGCUGGGUUACCAUAGCUACUGCAGGAAUCCUGACCAGAGCUUGAUGCCGUGGUGCUUUGUCCGGAGAGAAAAGAAGAUUGUGAAGGAAAUCUGCAAUAUUCCCAAAUGUGCUGCACCACCGGCAAAGCCUACACCCCCCAGAGAAGAUACAGAGCGGACAUGUGGCGAGAGGGUUGAGCAGAGGAGGAAUAAAAUUGUAGGGGGCUCUUUCACGACCAUAGAGGCACAGCCAUGGAUAGCCGCUAUUUUUCUCAAGUCUGAACGUUUCCUUUGUGGUGGCUCGCUCAUCUCGCCGAACUGGGUCGUCACAGCUGCACACUGCUUCUCUGAGAGUUUUAUGAAGAUCGAUAAGAAAGACCUGUCCGUAUUCCUGGGGAAGAAUGCCAUCAAUGACACAGAUACCGACAAAGAGCAGAGCUUCGACGUGGAAAAAAUUAUUGUCCACCCACAGUACAGUGACUCAAAUUACGACAAUGACAUAGCCCUGCUGAAGAUCAAAAGCAAAAGUGGAGGCCGUGCAGUGAAGACAAACUCUGUUAGGACAGUGUGUCUUCCUCCACUUCACACUUCGCUUCCUGCGGGCUUUACAUGCAACGUUGCAGGAUUUGGGAAAGAGACGCAGGAGUCGUGGCAGUUCUCUCAGCUCCUGAAACAGGCCGAUGUGACACUGAUCUCCCGCGCUGAAUGUAACAGUAAAUCACAGUACGACAACGUCAUCACUGACAACAUGCUCUGUGCCAGGAGCCCUGACUGGAGCACUGAUGCCUGCGAGGGUGACUCUGGUGGUCCUCUGGUGUGUGAAAUGUCCGGCAGAAUGUUCCUGUUCGGGGUGGUGAGCUGGGGCGAGGGCUGCGCCAAGACGGACAAACCAGGUGUCUACACACGGGUCACCAACUACAACAGGUGGAUCGCUGCUCAGACGGGGCUUGAAGAAUAUACAGAAGGAAGAAUGUAUCCCAUAAAAUAAAAUAAUGGCAGAGGGUGAUCUGUUGGGCAUUGCAUGCAUCUUAAAGGAAAAAUUGGCAGCAUUUUUUAAGUCAGUGCUAAUGCAAGCGUUUGCUGAUGUGUGCAUGUUAGGUUUCAAGAGCAGCUGAUAGUCAUCACUGGCUAUGUUCAGUGAAGUGACUUUUGCACAGUUCUAAGUGAAUUUUUUAAAAUAUAUUUUCGUGUAUCCAGUGCAUUCAAUGUUUUUUUGUACUUGCGCGUAAGCAUUUUAUAACAAGAACGUGGAUUUUUUUUUAAAGGAAGUUAUUAUUUAAGUGUUAAGUUAAAAGGUAUUUUCUUUAAGAAGGCUGGCCCUGCUGUUGAGCAUUUUUAUAUUACGAAUAAAUAUAAUAUUUUGCAUUACA